UCCUCUUCAUCACAUCCAGAUCGCCUCUUCUUCAUCCCAUCGCCACCAAAGGGGAACAUCGCAAAGACCAAAAAUAAGAAGUCGUUGUUGGGUUUAUCCAAGAAAGAGUAAAAUGAAGAUGACAUCCAGACCACUUCUUUUUCAUUUGCUCCUGUUCUGUGCAACCCAGACAUCCGGUGUCGAGAUCCAGUCCGUCCCGGCAGUCAACGCCGACGGCGUCAUAGAGACGGAGCUGGAGAAGUCCGUGUCUCUGGUGUGUCGGCCUGACGGCGGCCACGACGCUCCGGUUGACGACGAUCUGGUCUGGCUGAGGAACGGCGCCGUCGUCAGUCUGAGGGAAGGAAACAGGAAGGGUCGCAGCAGCGUGUGCGUCACGCCCGUCGUCCACGACGACGACGGGGCCACGUUCAGCUGCCACCUGAGCAAAAACGCCACGGUCACGGCCUCCGUCACCCUGAAUGUCACAUAUCACCCGCAGCUCUCGGGGUCCGAGGACGUCGCAGUGGAAGAAGAGGCCGAGCUCGUCCUGCGGUGCGAUAUCUUGGCCAACCCUCCCGUCUCGUCCGUGUCUUGGACCCUGAAUGGAAGCGCGGUGGAUCUGUCGGCGGGCGGCUUCUCGUUGGCCGUCGACGGCUUCGCGAGCCAGCUCGCCGCCGCCGGCGUGGAGAAGAGCGUGCACGAAGGCACAUACCGGUGCACGGCAACGUCUCCUCUCUACGGCGAAUACGGCAAGCGGUUCAGUGUCACGGUAACAGAAAAGACAUUUAAGUUCCCACUGAUGCCCAUGGUAGCAGGGAUAGUGGUGGUGUGCGCCACUGUGCUGUUCGCUGUUGUCUCUCGGUGGAACAGAAUUACAAAGUGCUGCAAGUAGGUCGAGCCCAGCUGACAUUACCAGUAAACUGUAUGUAUAAACAACGACGACGACGACGAUGAUGAGGAUGAGGAUGAUGAGGAUGAUGUCAACGAUGCACGUUAGCGUAUGGUGGCAUCUGGAAGUUUUUUAACACCUUUUGGAACGAGCGUUGACUGCUUUCAUUGGAACAGUUGGCACUAUUCUUCUUUCUACUUUACUUUUGCGUGCCGGAGACAAUCCAAUUUUAUCAUAUUUUAUAUUUUCUUAACCCUCCUGUUGCCUUCGGGUCAAUUUGACCCGAUUCAAUGUUUCACCCUCCUGUUACCUUUAUAUUUACUGACAUAUUUUACCCUUGGGGUCAAUUUGACCCCAGCUAUUAAAAUCUCCAGAAAA